AUGAUCACGGACGUGCAGCUUAUUGUCUUUGCCAACAUGCUGGGCGUGUCGCUCUUCCUGCUUGUCCUUUACCACUACGUGGCCGUCAACAAUCCCAAGAAGCAAGAAUGA